AUGAGUGUCUAUUCAGCAUCAGUUACUGCUCCAGUUAACAUAGCGACUUUGAAAUAUUGGGGAAAAAGAGACAAAGAAUUAAACUUGCCCACUAAUUCUUCCAUUUCUGUUACUUUGUCACAAAAGGAUUUAAGAACUUUAACCACAGCAUCGGCAUCUUCCACUUUUAAGCAAGAUGAAUUGUAUUUGAAUGGGAAAUUAGAAUCACUUGAAUCUGCAAGAACUCAAGCAUGUCUUGGUGAUUUAAGAAAAUUAAGAUCUGAGUUAGAAUCUCAAGAUGACAAGUUGGAAAAAUUAUCUCAAUUCAAAUUACGUAUUGUUUCUGAAAACAAUUUCCCAACCGCCGCCGGUUUAGCCUCUUCAGCUGCUGGUUUUGCUGCCUUAGUUUAUGCCAUUGCUAAGUUAUAUGAAUUACCUCAAGAUAUGUCUGAAUUAUCCAAGAUUGCUCGUAAGGGUUCUGGUUCUGCUUGUAGAUCCUUGUUUGGUGGAUUUGUUGCUUGGGAAAUGGGUGAUUUGGAGAAUGGUCAAGACUCCAAGGCUGUUGAAGUGGCACCCGUUGAACAUUGGCCAACUUUAAAGGCAGCUAUCUUAGUUGUUAGUGAUGACAAGAAAGAUACCCCAAGUACUUCUGGUAUGCAAGCUACCGUGAAAACUUCAGAUUUAUUCCAACAUAGAAUUAAAGAAGUUGUUCCUCAAAGAUUUGAUGAAAUGAAACAAAGUAUUUUAAACAAGGAUUUCAACAAGUUUGGUGAAUUAACCAUGAGAGAUUCAAACUCUUUCCAUGCUGUUUGUUUAGAUUCUUAUCCUCCAAUUUUCUACCUUAAUGAUACUUCCAAGAAAAUCAUUAAACUUAUUCAUAAGUUGAAUGAAACUGAAGGUGAAAUUAUUGCUGCUUAUACUUUUGAUGCUGGUCCAAAUGCUGUUAUCUACUAUGAUGAAGCAAAUGAAGCUAAAGUUCUUGGUUUAAUUCACACUUAUUUCAACCAAGUUGAUGGUUGGUCCAAAGCUGAUACCUCUAAAUUAUCUAAAUUAGAAAUUGAAGGUACUGACCCUGAAAUCUACAAGGGCGUUUCCAGAAUUAUUUUAACUGAAAUCGGUCAAGGUCCUCAAAUUACAACUGAAUCAUUACAAAUUUAA